GUCAAGGAACCAACUGAAUAUUACCGCCGGAAACCCCAAUACGCUCAAGACAUCAGCAACUCGUUCCCGCUCUCGUUGUAAGAUUCUGCAGACAGAAUAGGCACUCGAAAAGCGAAAGCCGAUACACACGAUGGCGCCCGCUACGAAGGGCAAGGGAAAACGACCGGGGCCCUUCAAGCGGGACAUCCGCCAGGAGAAGAGGAAGCAGCAGCAACAAAGCAUAGAAGCCCUUGAUAAGGCAGUGGCAGAGCUGGAUCUCAAAGCAGAAGACAUCAAAACGUUCGCCGACCUUCCCCUUUGCCAUGCCACGUCCGUGGGCCUCGAGAAAUCCAACUUCACCACCCUCACCGACAUCCAGGCGCGAGCGAUCCCCCUGGCUCUCAAGGGCACCGAUAUCCUGGGUGCGGCCAAGACGGGCAGCGGAAAGACCCUCGCCUUCAUCGUCCCCGUCCUCGAGAAGCUGUACCGCGUGCGCUGGACAGAGUACGACGGCCUCGGUGCCCUCAUCAUAUCGCCGACGCGCGAACUGGCCGUGCAGAUCUUCGAGGUUCUGCGGAAAGUCGGCCGGCAACACGCCUUCUCGGCCGGGCUCGUCAUCGGAGGCAAGAGCCUCAAGGAGGAGGCCGAGCGCCUGACCAAGAUGAACAUCCUCGUCUGCACCCCCGGGCGCAUGCUGCAGCACCUCGACCAGACCGCCGGCUUCGACGUCGACAACCUGCAGAUCCUCGUCCUGGACGAGGCCGACCGCAUCAUGGACAUGGGCUUCCAGACGGCCGUCGACGCCCUGGUCGACCACCUCCCCGUCCACAGACAGACGCUGCUCUUCAGCGCCACCCAGAGCAAGAAGGUGUCGGACCUGGCGCGCCUGAGCCUGAAGGACCCGGAGUACGUCUCCGUGCACGAGGUGGCCACGCCCUCCACCCUGAAGCAGCACUACCUCGUCACCCCGCUGCCGGAGAAGCUCGACACCCUGUACGGCUUCAUCAAGGCGAACCUGAAGAGCAAGAUGAUCGUCUUCUUCUCGUCCGGCAAGCAGGUCCGCUUCGUCUACGAGAGCUUCCGGCACAUGUCGCCCGGCGUCCCGCUGCUCCACCUCCUCGGCAAGCAGAAGCAGCUGCAGCGGAUGGAGAUCACCCGGCGCUUCGCCGAGGCCAGGCACUCCUGCCUCUUCGCCACCGACGUGGUCGCCCGCGGCGUCGACUUCCCCGCCGUCGACUGGGUCGUGCAGGUCGACUGCCCCGAGGACGCCGACACGUACAUCCACCGCGUGGGCCGGACGGCGCGGUUCGAGCGCGACGGCCGGUCCGUGCUCUUCAUGGACCCCAGCGAGGAGGAAGGGAUGCUGAAGCGGCUGGCGCAGAAGAAGGUGCCCAUCCAGAAGAUCGCCGUCAAGGACCACAAGAAGCGGUCCGUCCGGGACGAGCUGCAGAACAUGUGCUUCAAGUACCCGGACCUGAAGUACCUGGGCCAGAAGGCCUUCAUCAGCUACGUGCGCUCCGUCUACCUGCAGCGGGACAAGGAGGUGUUCAAGUUCGACCAGAUGGACCUCGAGGGCUACUCCAACAGCCUUGGAUUGCCCGGUCAGCCGCAGAUCAAGUUCCGCAAGGGCGAGGACGUCAAGAAGCUGAAGAACGCGCCGCGGCAGGGCAUGUCGAGCGAUGAGGACGAAUCGGACGGCGAGGCGGAGGGGGGCGAGGACGGGUCGGAGAAGAAGGAGGGAAAAAAGAAGAAGAAGAUGAAGAACGAGGUGCGGACCAAAUACGACCGCAUGUUCGAACGGACCAACCAGGACGUCUUGUCUGGUCACUACAACAAGCUCCUAGACGGCUCUGAGCAGACGCCCGAUGCCACUGCUGUUGGUAGUGGCGACAACAAUAACGCCGCCGCCGCCGCCGCCGACGACGACGACGACGACUUCCUCUCCGUCAAGCGCGUGUUGCACGGCGACGAGCUGGACAACGGCGGGCGAGGCCCCAACGGCGGCAUCAAGAAGAUCGUCUUCGGCGGGCAAGAGUUCGUGAUAGACUCCAAGCGGCGCGAAAAGGCGCUCAUGUCGAAGAAGAAGAUGCUCAAGUACAAGGGGAACCCGACCAAGCUGGUCUUCGACGACGACGGCCAGGCCCACCCCCUGUACGAGCUGCAGGGCGAGGAGGAUUUCGAGCGCGACGGCCCCGCCGAGGAGCAGCGCGCCCGGUUCGUCGAGGACGAGGCCGCGCGGGUGAAGGAGGCUGACCUGGACGAUCGCGAGACGGCCAAGGCGAGGUUGCGGGAGAGGAGGUUGAGGAGGAAGCUGCGCGAGGCGGAGGAGAGGGGCGAUAUGCUCGGCGGGUCGGCUAGGGCGCAGGCCGCGAAAGCGGUCUUGGCUGCCGGGUCGGAUGAUGACGGGGACGGGGACGGGGACGAGGACGAGGAUCCCCUGGCGCUGCUGCGGUCCUUGCCCACGGCUGGAGGGAAGAGUGCGAGCGACAGGGAGGACGACCACGACGACGAAGCCUACGAGCGGGAGAGGCGGGAGCAGGAAAUGGAGGAGGAGAGGGAGAGGAGGAAGAAGAGAAAGGAACAGGAACGGGAAAAGGAAAAUGAAAAGGGGGCGGAAGAGAAGCCGAAGGCCAAGGAGAAGAAGAAGGCGAGGAAGUGGUUCCAGGAUGAUGAUGAUGAAGAGGAGGGUGAAAGGCCGAAGAAGAAGACCAAGGGCGGCAAGAAGGUGCUGGAAAUGGAUCGCCAGCCAGAGACACUGGAGGACUUCGAAGCUCUGGCUGCGGGAUUGCUGGAAGAGUAGUAGGAGUAAGAGUCGGAGUAGUUAGUAGUAUUAGGACUUUGAUACCCCAUCCCGAGAAUUAUCACGACCUAGUUGUUGUUGUGAUAUUGGGCUUCACUUAUCCAGUCUACCUACUUGACAUGUAAUCACCAACAAAUUCGUCACAUAAAGACGGUGCACCAGUCAAGGAAAUCAAAUCUG